AUGUGGAAGAGCGGCGGCGGCGGCAAGGGCGGCGGCGGCAAGGGUGGCGGAAGCUACCGGUACGACCAGCGGGGCGGCGGUGGCAAGGGCUUCAGCGGCGGUGGCAAAGGCUUCGGCGGCGGAGGGGAGGGCGGCAAGGGCGGCGGCAAGGGCGGCGGCAAGGGCGGCGGCAAGGGUGGCGGCGGCAAGGGCGGCGGCCGCCGCUGGAGCGACAAGCCGUACGACCCUCGCACGCCGAGCGAGAAGAACGCCGAGGUAGCACUCUCCCGCCAACGUCCCGCCCGGCUAGCCGCCGCCACGCCCGCGCGGCGCGGGUACCUCAAGCUCUCCUUCGCAAGCACGCGCCACCUGGUCGACGUGCGCAGGGUGCUGCUCCCCGUCGCGCAGCGCAACAAGCAGCGCGGCCGCGCGAAGCUCGCCUUCGCCACGGACGAGGCGCGCGAGGACUGGCUCGAGAAGGUCGACGACGUGCGCGAGUACGACGUGCCGUACCACCACCGCGUCGCCAUCGACACGGGACGGCGCGUCGGCCUCUGGUACACUGCCUUCGGCGAGCCUCGCGUGCUCGCCUACGACAUCGAGUGCGUCAAGCAGCCGCUAAAGUUUCCGGACGCGACGAUCGACCCGGUGAUGAUGAUCUCGUACAUGGUGAUGAUGAUCUCGUACAUGGUCGACGGGCAGGGCUACCUCAUCAUCAACCGCGAGACCGUGUCGGAGGAGUCCGACGUCCCUUGGGUGCACGCCGCAGGCUUCGACACCUCCGCGGGCGACAACGGCGCGUACUUCGUCUCGCCCUCGAUCACGCACAUCGACUGCACCCACCGACACCACUCGCCGCGCCUCCCCGUGGCGCGCGGCGUCUCUUCACGGCCGGCGGGCGGUGUGCCGCGCCAAGCUCGGGUGGCGGACCGCUGGCUAGACGUCAUCGACACGCAGGGCGUCGACCUCGACGAUGACGAGGUCCUCGAGCUCUUCUCGGAGCAAAAGUCGAUGUCCAAGACGCUUGACGAGUACGGCGCCCAAAAGUCGACCGCGAUCACCGUCGCUCGCCGCCUCGCCGAGUUCCUGGGCGAGCAGAUGGUCGCCAACGCCGUCCUCGCGUGCAAGUUCAUCAUCGCCCACCGGCCGGCGGAGAAGCCAGUCACCGAGCGCGCCAUCCCGGUCUCCAUGGUCGACGCCGAGCCUGCGGUCAAGGUGUACAAGAAGACGCACAUCACCAAACAGCAGCUCAAGACGGCCGUCACGUGCCAGCGCGAGAACCCGUUCUACAUCGACACCGCGUUCCGCGACCGGCGGUACGAGUACAAGGGGAAGAACAAGGAGUGGAGCAAGCGGCGCGCGCAGGCGGAGGCCGACGGCGACGCGGGCGCGCUUCUCGAGUCCAAGGCGACGUGCAUCCUCAACUCGUUUUACGGCUACGUGAUGCGGCGCGGCGCGCGGUGGUACUCGAUGGAGAUGGCGGGGGUGGUGACGUACACGGGCGCCGGCAUCAUCAAGGAGGCGCGCGUCCUCGUCGAGAAGAUAAUAAUAGCGCGCGUCCUCGUCGAGAAGAUCGGCAAGACCCUCGAGCUAGACACGGACGGCAUCUGGUGCGUGCUGCCCGCCUGCUUCCCGCAGAACGUCGUCGCCACGACGCGCAGCGCAAAGAAGCCGAAGGUUGCCAUCUCUUACCCGUGCGUCAUGCUCAACGUCGACGUCGACCGCAACAACCACAACCCGCAGUACCAGACGCUCAACCCCGAGACUGGCGCGCCCGACAAGCAGCGACGCGCCUUCUACGAGGACGCGGCGGCGACCCUCCACUCAACGCCGAGGGAGCUGCUCACGCUGCAGGAGGGCGAAGCGCCCGGCGAGCUGACGGCGCAGCGCGGCCUGCGCGUCGCUGCGGAGGGCCCGCGCGAGGGCGGCGAGGAGGGCGAGGAGGGCGGCGAGGGCGGCGAGGAGGGCGGCGAGGAGGGCCGCGAGGGCGCGGCGGGCGGCGCGGCGGAGGGCGGCGGAGAGGGCGGCGGCGCGGGGCGGAAGACGCCCCCGCCGCCCGAGACGGAGGAGGAGAGGCGGGCGCGGCUGCAAGAGGCGGACCCGACGACGCUCGCCGUCGGCACUGACGCGUGGCUCGCGGCUCGCAAGCGCAAGUGGCGCUCGAUUCGCGCGGCGCGCAACCAGAGGCGCAAGGGAGAGGGCGUCGGCCCAACCUCCCUCGGGGGACGCGCCGUCGCCUCCGCAAGUGCUGUGCACUUGCCGCAGCGGCCGCUGCCGCGCGGCGGGGCGAGCAGCGGGAUGGGCGCCGCCUACCACGCCACCCACGGGCCUGCGCCCCCCACCACUGGGCUCGAGACCUCUGGGGGCAUGGGAGUAGGCGCCUUCUACGAGGACGCGGCGGCGACGCUCCACUCAACGCCGUGGGAGCUGCUCACGCUGCAGGAGGGCGGAGCGCCCGGCGAGGUGACGGCGUGGGUGCUGCUCGGGUCGCACGCGGGCUUCACGCUGCACUCGAUCCCGAUCGAGGUGCCGCGCACCGUGUACGUCGCCAUGUCGGCGCCGCACGAGCACCCGGGAUGGCUGCGCGUGCAGCGGAAGCUGCCUCGCGACGCGCAGGCCGCCUUCCUGUACGAGGUCUCCUUGCCCGAGUCCGAGUUCCGCGCCAGCCACGGGGACGCGUCGCGCUGGCUCGAGGUGCCAAACGUCGAGGCGGUCUACCACACCGCGUACUCGCCGCUGCUGCGCGCGGCGACGCAGCUCGGCAACUGCUGCACCGUGCACGAGGGAUUCGAGCUGACGGAGCUGCGCCCGCUCCCCGGCCUCGCGGCCGAGUACCUGCAGCCCCCUCUCUCGCGCGACGGCUCCUCCCUCGGCGCGUCGUGCAAGCAGCUCAGCGUGUACAUGGCCGGUACGGCCGGCCGCGGCGUCGCCGCCUUUAUCGCCGACUGGCAGCGGAGCGCGCUGGUGCUUCUCGUGCGGCCGCGCGGCGCGGGCUUGUCCGACGCCGCGCGCGCCGCCGCGCGGGCCGUCGACACGUGGGAGGCUGCGUUCGGGAGGCUGCAGCGGCUGAUGCCUCAGUACCAGUCGGCGGCCAAGGGGCCGCUAGUGGUGCUCGCGCAGACGCGCCACGGCGUCGCCGACCUGCUCAAGCUCGCGCCGUCGCUGCGGCAGGCGCGCCUCCGCUGCUUCGCGCCCGUGGUGCCGGUGCCAUCCAACCGCUCCGACGGGGACUGGGCGCCAAGCCUGCUCCUCGGCGCGCAGUGGCAGCCCGCCGCCGUCUCGCUCGCGCUGGACCGGCGCCUCGUGCUCUGGGGGCGGUACUCGGAGCUAGGGCCGUGGUGGGGCGACAAGCUGGCGAUGGCGCGCUACGCCAACAUCCCCCUCGGCCUCCUCGCGGUCGGAAGCCCCGCCCAGUUCGCCUCGGACGUCGCGCUGCACCGGCGGCGGUUCGCCUCGGACGUCGCGCUGCAGCGGCGACUGCUCCAGGCGAAACCGCAUCUGUCGCAUGAGGCGGUCGCGUUCUUCGACGACGCCUUCUCGAUGAGCGCGAUCGAGAAGGUGGCCGAGGUGCGCACCACGAUGUCCUCCGCAGGGGCGGGCGAAGUUCGCCGGCCGGGCGAAGGCUAUCCGACCGACGAGGAGCUCUCCUCCUUCCCGGUCGCGGCGGGAGCGCCCUUGCCGAUGUCCUCGCCGGCGCUCGAGUCCACAAAGAUGGGCACCCACCUCGUCUGCCUCGACCCGCUCCUCGAGGACGGCGUCGUCCGAUCUCCCCAGGCGGCGGACGACCCCGAGGCGACCGCCGCCUCCUUCCGCCUGGCGGACGCGCUGCUCGUCGGGGCCUACCACUGGCUCUCGUCGUCCUCUUCGCUGCUGUACGAGCCGGCGCUGCACCGGCUGCUGCACGCGAUGAUGAAGAAGGUCUGGCUGCAGCUGCUCGCCGAGCUGCGCGCGCUCGGCGGCACAGUCGUGUACGCCUCCUUCUACCGCGUGAUCCUGGCGACCGACAAGCCGUCGCUCGCCACCGCCAAGGCGAGAUGCGGGGUGGCGUACACCGAGUCGAUCCUCCACUCGCUCACGGAGCGAGACGUCUUUCGCUUCCUCGGGCUCGAGCCGACGCAGUACUGGUCGUCGCUGCUCUUUCUCGACGCGAAGAACUACUCGGGCGUCCGCCACCUCUCGCCCUCGCAGCUGGGCGAGCAGCUCUUCCGGCAGGCGAUCGACGACGCGGCGGAGGCGCGGGACGCGGCGGCGGGCGCGGGCUUGCCCGACGGCGCGGAGGAGGCGCAGGAGGCGGAGGAGGAGGAGGAGGAGGCGGAGGAGGCGGCGGAGGAGGCGGCGGAGGGGGCGGCGGAGGGGGCGGCCGAGGCGCGGCUGGCAGGAGAGCUGGAUGGCUACGACGAGAUGGCGGGGGGAGGUGAGGAGGCGGAGGCGGAGGCGGAGGCGGAGGCGGCCGGCGCGAGUGUCGCACCGGAGGAAGGGGAGGAUGCCGAGGGCGUGGGCGACGGCGCGGCCGCAGAGGAGGGUGGCGGCGUGAGGGAGGGGGCGGUGGACCCGUCGGGCGAGGGCGGGGCGGCGGCCGGCGAGGAGGAGGAGGAGGACGACGACGAGGCCGAGCUGCAGGCGCGGGCGAUCGAGGAGGCGCUGCGCGCCGCCGACGGAAGGCAGGGAGAGGAGGCGGAGGCGGGGGGGGAAGAGGGGGGAGAGGGGGCGGAGGGGGCGGGCGGGGAGGCGGGCGCGGAGGCUGGGGCGGAGGGGGGAGGGGAGGAGGAGGAGGAGGAGGGGCACGUCGAGGUCGAGCGCGGCGCCGGCGGACAGUGGGCGGAGCUUCCGUCCGCCGACGAGCUCGCCGCGGCCGAGAUCGCGGCCAACCGCCCUAGAAGCCGGAAGACGCUUGCUCUUGGGGCGAACGGAGACAUGGCGACGGCGCGGCCAGCCUCGGAGUGGAACAUCGCGGCCUUUCUGCCGCCGCGCAUCCAGGCCGAGUUCGAGGAGAUCGUGGCAAACAUCGUGUGCACUCCGUGGGCAAAGGCUGCGAGGGAGGCGGCGGCGGACGGCUCGGGCCGCACCGCGCCGUCGCUGGAGGAGGCGCGCGCCCCCCCCCUCUCUCCCCACUCUCUCCCCCCUCUCUCGCCGAGGGGGGUGUCGCGUGAGGCGGUCGCAUUCUUCGACGACGCCUUCUCGAUGAGCGCGAUCGAGAAGGUGGCCGAGGUGCGCACCACGAUGUCCUCGGCAGGGGCGGUCGAAGUUCGCCGGCCGGGCGAGGGCGAGCCGACCGACGAGGAGCUCUCCUCCUUCCCGCUCGCGGCGGGCGCGCACUUGCCGAUGUCCUCGCCGGCGCUCGAGUUCACAAAGAUGGUCACCCACCUCGUCGGCCUCGACCCGCUCCUCGAGGACGGCGUCGUCCGGCUCCGGCGUAACCUGCUCCAGCUCCUCGCCGUGCAGGAGUUCGCACCCGAGGCGCGCUUCGUCAACCCGCGCGCAUCGUCAACCCGUGCCGGACCUUCUGCGCGCUUCGUCAACCCGUGCCGGACCUUCUGUGAACAGCGUCUCUUCACACUUGCUGCUGCGCGCUUCGUCAACCCGUGCCGGACCUUCUGCGCGCUUCGUCAACCCGCGCGCUUCGUCAACCCGUGCCGGACCUUCUGUGAACAGCGUCUCUUCACACUUGCUGCUGCGCGCUUCGUCAACCCGUGCCGGACCUUCUGUGAACAGCGUCUCUUCACACUUGCUGCUGCGCGCUUCGUCAACCCGUGCCGGACCUUCGUGCUGCCCGACGCCGUCUGCUCGCACUGCCACGACGUGCGCGACCUCGACCUCUGCCGCGACGCCACGCCGUCGCGCGAGUGGGCGUGCUCGGUCUGCGGCUCGACGCACGACCCGGAGGUUGUCGAGGCGCGGCUGGUGCAGGUGGUGCAGCAGCGGGCGAUGGCCUUCCUGGCGCAGGACCGCGAGUGCCGCAAGUGCCGCACCGAGCGCUGCCCCACCUGCGCCGGCCGCUUCACGCUGCGCAAGCCGCCCGACGAGCUGCGCGCCACCUUCGACACUUUUGCGUCGAUCGCGCACCACUUCGACCUCCCGUACUUGGCCGAGGUGACGGUCGACGGCUCCUUUCGAGGCUUUGUGGCCUUUUAA